GUCAAAAAAACUCAAAUGAUACCGACAAAAAUCCUAAAAAAGGUUCUUUCAAUACGACCGAGGGAGUAAAAAAUUUACUGGAAAGUGUUAAGGACAACAAUAAUUUUUUAACCGAAAUCUCCUCCAAACAUUCGACUUCUGACCUUAACAAUUUGAUUGCCAACAAAUCACCCCAAGAAGUAAUUACUAUUAUUAAACGAUUUGAAUACGACCAACUAAAUGCUGAUGAUAAAAAAAAUAAGGAUGCGAAAAUUAGAAAACAUUAUUCGCUGGAAAAAAAUGCCGAUCUGACUGAUAGCCAAAUAAACGAUUAUCUUUAUAAAGUAGCAGUGGGAGAAAUCAAUGAGAGUUCAAUUAAAUUAGAUAACAAUUCCGGACAAAUUAAUCCUCAAGAAAACACUAUUUUGAAAAUAGUAAGCAUUGGCGCUCUUAUUUUGGUAGGUGGUGCUCUGUUUAUUCUAGUUAUUAGAUUUAUUACUAAAAAGAAAAAAAGAUAG